AUCAGAAGUUGCAAAGUGCGACAACUCGAACGAUCGUUAAGAUAAUUGGAGAAUGAAUCCAAUCCAAAUUGAUAGAAAAAAAAAAUUCAAAUUCAAAAAAAUCUGAAUGAAAAUAUUUAAACUCAAAAUAACAUUGAGAAAAUCUAAAUAUGAAAUAAUUUAGACUCAAAAAUAAUCCAAACUUGUAAUAACUCAAACCUAACAUCAAUCUGAAUUGAAAAUGGCAUAAAUCUAAAUGGACUCCAAUUAUAAUUAACUGGGACUAAACCAACAAGGAAUAAAUCCAAAUAUCUCCAGCCCUGCCCGUACGAGAAUGAAGCAGAAAAACAAAAUGUAAUGGGAGAGUAAUUAAAAAGUUGAAAAUCUGACUUGAAACCGGCAUAAAUCUGAAAGGACUCCAAUUAUAAUUAAGUGGGACUAAACCAACCAGGAAUAAAUCCAAAUGUCUCCAGCCCUGCCCGUACGAGAAUGAAGGAGAAAAAAAAAAUGUAAUGGAAGAGUAAUUAAAAAGUUGAAAAGAAAAAAACAAGCCUGAUAUUUUAAAAUAAUAAAAAAUAAUUACUAAAAUAAAUAAAAAAGGGUUUUGGGGAUUUUGGCGGUUAGGGUUUUAGUAGGAUUGAUACAUUCGUGCCCAAGCUUUCUUUAUAUAUAAAUAUAUAUAUAUAUUUAUUUAUUUAUUUAUUUAUUGGUAUUUCAGAAGAUUCUCUGUUUGUGAUCCGAAAAUCCAAAGGGUUUUUUCUCUUUCAUCGCUGUAUUUUUUUGAAGUCUUCUUUUGUUAUGUCAUUUAAUUUUUCUGUCUUAACGAUUCUUCUCCGUAAAUGUCGUAGUUAGGGUUUUCGAAUGGAUUGAAUGUUGGAGCUACCUCUCGUUCUUUCUCAAGGAUUACACCUUGGUUGGUGGAGGCAAUAAUCUAAUCCAUUCAAAUGUUAUGUCGCCAGGUGCUUCUGAACUAUGCAGGAGUUGUGAGGGGGUAGCUGAAACAUCUAAGAAAGGGUUUUGUUGGUUUGUGCUGAAGCAUUCUGGGAUGGCAGAGUGGGGUGUCUGCCGGCAAGUUAAAUUCUUGGUCCUUCAAGGAGAUAGCUCUGCCAAACAGUCAUUUGGCAGAAUCGAGGAAGACUAUGAUGAAGAUGAUAAAAAACAUGCUAAAGCGGAGUUGAUUUCAUGCCCAGAAAUGCGGAAGAGAAAGUGCCUUUCCUCCAACCAACUUAGAAAAGAAAAAGCUGCAAGAUGUGGGAAACAAAGGCUAAAUAGUGGUCCUAACAAGUGCAAGCAAAACAAGCACAACAAUUCUGUAGAGAGAUGGUCUGCUGAAAGAUAUGAGCUGGCUGAAGAAGGCAUUUUAAAAAUCAUGAAAGCUGAAGGGGCUGUGUUUGAGAACCCAAUUUCUCGGCCUGCUUUGAGAAUGGCAGCCCGUAAACAUAUUGGUGAUACUGGGCUCUUGGACCACCUGCUGAAGCACAUUGAUGGAAAGGUGGCACCAGGUGGUACUGAUCGGUUUCGGCGCUGUUACAACACUAGUGGAGUGAUGGAGUAUUGGCUUGAGAGUGCUGAUCUGGCCAACAUACAAAAAGAGGCUAGGAUCUCCCCAUUUUGGCAGAAACCAAAUGGGGGUCCCUUUCAGGAUUCUGCUUGUGCCAUAGAACUCAAGCUGCUUAAAGAAGAAAUGGCCAAAAUGAAGAGGGAUAUGCAAGAGCUGGUAUCCAAGCAGCCAGUGCAAGAUCAAGCUAAUUUGAUUGAGGAGAUGCAGAAAGAAAUGGUGAAAUUGAAAGCAAAGACGGAUGAACGCCUGAUGGAGUUUUCAAGUUCAUUGAAUGGUAUGCAGGACAUGUGCAAAGAACUAGUGACAUGGAAAGCUAGAGUUGAGCAGCAGCUGCUGGAAAUUUCAAAUUCAUUAAGCUAUCUGCAGGCAUCAAAGCAAUGCACUAUCUUUAGUCCUUCAGCUUCUGACAAAUGGGAAGAUUGGUUGGAGAGUACCAACCUGAACAAUUUUCAAGGGGGUAAUGUGGAACCCUGGUUUGAGAGUCCAGAGCUGAUUAAUUUUGGACAGGAUGGUAUAAUUAAAGAUACAGAUCUGGCCCCACUAGCAUGGUCAAGACCUGGUCAUAGCCCCUCUCAACGCCCCAUUUGUGCUCAAGAGCUGGAUAUGCUUAAUGAAGAAAAGGCUAAAGUAAAGAGAGAUGUGUGGGAUCUAGCACCUAGGAGGCAAGGGGAAGAUCAAGCUAAUGUGACACCUGAUUCUUCUCUUACUGGCAAUUCAAAGUUAGAUCUUGAUAAUUCAUUGCUUCUGUUUCAGGAAAUGUUGAAGGACUUGGUGAAAUGGAAAGAUAAAAUUGAGCAACAGCUGAUGGAGAUUUCAAGUACAGUCAGCGCUAUUCAGACAUCCAGGCAGUAAAUUCUUUUUUUCCCAUCAACUUCCUUGGAUUGAAAUGACUGGAGUUAUCUGUUCAACCCGCCAAAGCCGUCUCCCCACCCGGCCUCCCUCCCAUUUUUCUUCUCCUUUUUGUCCUCUUUGGGCAACUUAAGUGCAUUUGUGUUAGUAGGAUUUAGAUCUUGUAUAGGACUCACACACUGAAGCUGAACUCCGCUUCUGAUGCAUUACAUCUGUGGCACCACAUCUACCUUAACAUACAAAGCACAGGUUACAUUGUGAGCUGCAACUUGUCAAUAUUAUGCUCACAGAGUAGAAACAUAUUUUCCGGGUAUAGAUUUUCUGUCGGAACAUGCGUAAUUUAGCUGAUGACCUGUGGACCUGUUUAUUAUAUUUGACCCUUUUUUUGCUUAAUGAUAUAUAUAUACCCUUAAAUUUGUAGAGAAUGGGGAACGAGAGGUGCUCACGUGUCA